AUAACUCAUGCUAUUAAGAGGUAUAUCAAAUUUGGUCAUGAUAUAAACUCUGGUGAAGAUAUUGAAGAAGCGAUAAAAGAUCUAGGAGGGAUACAUGUUGCUCAUUUAGAGCCAGAUCAAAAUCAGCGUAAUAAUGAUAUAGCACUGGGUACAAUAACAGGAAUCUGGAACUGGCACGAGUGGUCUUGGUUUAAUAAUGAGACCAAAGUGGGAUGCAUUUAUGCAAGACCUUUACCCAGAAUUGGUCCAUGA